AUGUCAAAAACAUCUUCAACUAAUUUAAUGUUAACCACUACACAAAUGAAACAAGUACCGAUUGAAAAUCAUAGGCGAGAAGCAAAUAAAGCAGUAUUCGAUGGCAAUAAUACAGAUUCGAGAACAACAUGGGAGAGUCAACCAGACCCAGUAUUAACACCACUGAUCAAAAGUGAAAUUUCGGAUAAUAUAUUAGAAAUCUGUCCUGAAUCGAUUCAGACAAAGCUCGAUGAUAUCAAAAAGAAAUUUGAUUUACAAAGUAGAGAUGUUUACCAGAUAGAACACGAACUAGCAGAACUUGAACAACUAAAGCGUCAAUACGACGAUUUGAAUCCAGCAGUUUUUAAAAAUUCUGAAAAGUACAAAGCUGCCAUUCCUGAGAUACAUAUAGCUGAACUAAAAGAAGCUAUGACGGUAUCUCGGCGAUGGAAUGGAUUUCGGCAGAAGCUGAAAAAAUUUAGUGAAAAUAAUAAUUCAAAACCAGCAAAAACAUUUUCGGAUGCCCUAGAAAAGCUUGAACUGUACGAUGAUAUGCGUGCUGAGCUGGAAAAAAAGACCGAAACUGAGCCAAAUCUCGAAGCAUUGAUUACGGAAACGAAAGCUCUUGUUGGUGAAGUAGCUCAAACUUCUGAGUCUGUUAACUGGGAUCACUCCAUUCGAGAUCAAAUUCCUAAAUUGUUAGCACAUAUUUUUGGUGUUUGGACUUUGAAAAAUACUCAGCAUCUUAACGCGUCGCGUGGUAUCGAAGCCUCACGAGCUUAUCUAUUGAUGCCGCAUAUUGCACAAGUCGUUGCAAUCUUCCGUAUUCUUGGUAUUGGGUACAAAAAGAACUUGCAACUCCUUAAAAUUAGUAUACCUAAGACAAAAAUAAUCACUGACAAUUUAAUUAAUAAUUUGGUACAAAUAGGAACAGGUGAAGGUAAAUCCAUUGUUAUGGCAGUUACUGCUUGUGUGUUUGCACUCAUUGGCGUGGAUGUUAGAUGUUCGUGUUAUAGUGAAUAUCUAAGUACGCGAGACCAAAAUGAUUUUGCUCCGGUAUUUCGUGCGCUCGGAGUAGAAAAACGAAUCGAAUAUGGCACUUUUAAUAAACUCUGUGAAAAUGUGUUAAAUGAACAAUGCAAUCUACGAGAAAAAGUAGGUGACAUGAUCAUGAAAAAUAAGAAUGCCGUAGAGGUAGGUAUAGCAACUGCGCGUAUUCGUCCAAAAGUGUUGUUGAUCGAUGAGGUAGAUGUUUUUCUAAGUGAAAAAUUUUAUGGUGGAAUCUAUACUCCAUCGCUAUAUUUAAAAGAUUCCUCGAUAAAGAUGUUGUUAGACACAUUAUGGCAAAAUAGAAAUUUACGAACAUUAAAUGCUGUCAAAGCUUCGACAGCAUACCAAGCUUGUGCUUCACGUUUCAGUAAUUGGAUUUUUCUUUUCGAGGAAGCUAUAAAAGAUAUGUUGGUUGCUUUACGAUCAUUUCAGUCAUCAACAUAUAUUGUGCAGAAUGAUAGGAUUGUCUAUAUCGAAGGUGAAUCCAUUGUAGAAAAUGUAGUUCGCGGUUAUGAUACUAUUUGGGCAUAUUAUUAUGAGAAUCAAAAAGGUAAUAUUAGUCAAAGUAGUCUGGAUGCGAAUGUGGGCAUCAUUAUUAACUGUGGAGCAUUCUCUUAUGCGGAAAUGCCGCAUGAAUUCGGGUUUAUAACUGGUGUUACAGGUACUUUAGAAACACUUUCUAAAUCAGAAAAAGAUAUACUGGAAAAUGUUUAUCAUGUGCACAAAAACACUAUUAUGCCAUCGGUAUUCGGAAGAAGCAAUCGAAAUUAUAAUUCCGUGAACGAUGUAUACGCAGUUACAAAGUCAGAAUAUUUCAUGAGAAUUCGCGGAGAGAUUGACGUCAUGCGUAAUGCUGGACGUGCCAUUCUUGUAUUUUUCGAAUCGGAAGAAAAGUUGAUGGCAUUUUACAACUCUUCUGACAUGUCAUCUAUAAAAGAGACAGUACAGAUUAUCACCGAAAAAGUUUCUCGCAAAGAGAGAGAACUAUGUAUUAAACGAGCAGCAACCGAUGGCAAAGUUACGCUAUUGACUAGAAUAUUUGGGCGAGGAACUGAUUUCAUAUGUCGAAAUCAACAAGUGUUAGCUAAUGGUGGUAUUCAUGUGCUCCAAACCUUCUUUUCAGAGGAACUAUCUGAAGAAUAUCAAAUAAUGGGAAGAGGAGCUCGACAAGGAGAUCAUGGUUCAUAUAGAAUGAUAUUGUUGGAUAGCGAUUUAGAAUGGGUACUUGGCGCCGAUUGGGAGAAGGAGAUUCCUCAAAUAACAGGCUCUAUUCUGUAUAAAUCUUUGAAUGAGGCACGCAGAGAACGUUAUGAAAGCAAAUGUGCUGCGAGAGGAGUUGGUAUAAAACAAUGCAGACAUGACCACAAAGAGUCUAUAAAAUUCAUGAAAGCAUUGUCUGAGGGAAAAAUGAGCAUUGUUAUAAGCUUUUUGACUGAACAGAAUCGCGGAGCGGAUAUACCUGUAGAUACCUCGCGUACACUUCUCCUAAUGGAUGCAACAGGCUCCAUGUCAAAUUUGUUGUCGGCUGCCAAAGAUACUGUCUGUACGAUGUUUGAACGUGCCUCUGCAGUUCUAAAGGAGAAAAAACUUCCUGGUGAUGCAUUUCAAAUGCAAUUUGUAGUUUAUCGAGACUAUGACUGUAAAGCACAUGGAGUUCUACAAAGUUCCUCUUGGGAAACAAACCCAACUAAAUUGAGAUCUUUCAUGACUAAUAUUCAUGCUCACGGCGGUGGUGAUUAUGAAGAAGCAAUUGAAAUAGGAUUAUGGUACGCAGUUCAGCAAAGUGCAGAACCAGAGGGAAUUUCACAGGUUAUUUUAAUUGGAGAUGCACCAGCUAAAAAUAGUGCGGCAAUAGACAGAGACAGAGCAGCUACUGGCGGUGAAUCAUAUUGGGGUACGACGAAGUUCAGAAAUCCUACUCAUUAUACAACCGAAAUGAGGAAGUUGAAAAAGAAAAACAUUCCUGUUCAUGCAUUUUAUCUCCGUGAUGGUGCAAAAGUCAAUUUUGAACAAAUUGCGCAUGAGACAGGAGGAAGUUGUAAAUCGCUAGAAAUCAAUUCUCCUGAAGGUGCCGAAUCAUUGACGCACUUUGUUACUCAAGAACUCCUUAGAAAAGCAGCUGGGAAGCAAGGAGAUGCUGCAGUAGCACUAUAUGAAGCGAAGUACGUCAAGAAAACGUUUACAUCCUAA